UAAUGGAAACAACGGUAAUUCAAACCAACGACAAUGGUCGACAGUGUUCCAUCUGUCUGGACAGCUUUAGAUGCCCGAAAAUAUUGCCAUGUAAACACACUUUUUGCAAACGAUGCGUUCUCGGUUAUCAGAGGGAAUACGAGUCGGAUGACGAAUUCCGAUGCCCACUAUGUAGAGAGCUGAUAGCUCUCCCACAGAAUGGAGUUGAGGGGUUUUGUGAUAACUACUUUGUCCGGGACAUUUUCCCCGAAAAAGUUUGCGAUGUUUGCAACGUUGAGGAAGACAAGGUCGAUGACUGUGGUUACUGUGACAAGUACCUCUGUUCCUUUUGUGCAAGUGACCAUGUUUGCAAAAGACUGUACAAAAGAUCUAAAAAACGAGAUCCACAUGGACUUGGAUUGUUCGGCGAUUCCGACUCGGAUUCUUCCUCUGAUAGUGAUUUUUCAUUGUAUUCAUCAUCAAGUGACAGCGAUGAUGAUAAGGUUCCGCUUGAACUGCGCAAACAUGGACCAAUUACCCUCGUAAGAACGUGUUUCAAAACUGCUGCUGACCGAACAAGUGAAGAGGAGUGUGUUUCAUCGAUUUUUUCUGUGUCAACCGACACUUUAGCAUAUCUGACUUUUGCUGGAUUUCUUUGUCGUUAUGUUGACAUCCAUAGUGGUUCCGUGGUGUCUGAAAAACCGAUAGAGGAAGGAGCCACCGAUUUAUGUGGAUCUGGAGACGGGACCAUUCUGUCUUUGAUUCAAAACUGUUCACUUGUUAAGAAAACAACUAACAACACAACUGAUGAUAAGUCUUUUAUACCUAUUAGAAAUUGUGACCCGUUAAAGAUUUGCGCGAUUUCGAAUGAUCGAUUCUUGGUUCUGGGAAUUGGAAAGAAGUCUUCAGUUGUUGGUCAAAUUAUAGGCAUGGAUGGCAAAAUAUUAGACAAAUUUAAUCUUAACAUCGAGUAUUAUCCUCAUUCGGUUGCUAUUAACAGAAGUUCAAAUGUCAUAUGCAUAUCAUAUGCAGAAAUCAAUUUCGUUGAUGUUCGAGGAAUUGAUGGGCAUUUGAUCAAACGAUAUUCAGGGUGCCCUUUGGAACAAAUUGAAGAAGAAUUUCAACCGCUAUCUGUGGCAGCUUUUGCUGAUGACGGUUUCUUGGUUUUGAAUAGCAUAACAAAGACAUUACAUAAUAUAUCAUCGUUGGGUGAAUUCAAGGGACUUGUUAUUUAUGAAAACUGUGAGAGCCCAUGCAGCAUUCACGUGGACAAAUCCGAUCAGAUAUGGAUAGGGGACAGUGAAGAUGGCACUUUGAAAUCUUUCCGCGUAGACGCAUAUUUAAAUGUUUUCCCGGAUACGAAAAAAUACGAAAAGGAAAACUCAAAUGGUGAGGAAAGGCGACUUGGAACGUCGCGUCGAUUUGACAGGAAUCUACUUUCGUUUCGUGAUAGACGAAUGCAUCGUUUAAUGAAAAGCAGAAGGCAUUGGCACUUCCUUGACGACGAAGUUGACCUAAGUGACAGAGAUUUUAAUAAUUUUGUUUAAUUUGCUAAUGUGCAUCUGUUUGUGGUUUUAAUUUUGAUAAUAUUUAGGUCAAAUGCAACAUUAAUGUAAUGUA